AUGAUAUACGCGAAAGGCUCGAAGGAGAAGUUCCCGUUGUUCAAUACUAGGACGGUUUCGGAGUUGCAGUUGCCAAAGCAAAACGUACGGCUUGCGGAAGUGGCGAAACGGUAUCAGCAUUUGGCUGAAGUACCAACUAAGGAUUAUCCGUCGGAGCUGCCCAAGAUUCUUAUAGGUUUAGACAACCUAUAUCUAUUCGCGCCAUUGGAGUCGCGCAUCGGUAGACCAAGUGAACCUAUCGCAGUACGGUCGAGGCUCGGCUGGACGAUUUAUGGGUCGGAAAAACGUAAGACCAGUGUCCACACAUAUCUGAAUCUGCAUUCAGGGGCACGAGUGAGCAACCAAGAGCUGCACGACCUUAUUCGGAAACAAUAUGAGAUGGAUGAGACAGCGGUUACACCGUUCACCGCGCCGGAACCGGUCGACGAGAAACGUGCUCGAGAAAUUCUCGAAACGACAACGAGGAGGGUGGGCGAUCGUUUCGAAACAGGGUUACUGUGGCGAAAAGAUGAGCGAUGGUUUCCUGACAGCUAUCCGAUGGCUGUGCGGAGAAUGAGGGCACUCGAACGAAAACUGGAGAAGGAUCCAGCGUUGAAACAGAACGUCUGCCAGCAGAUUGUGGACUACCAAAAGAGGGGCUACGCUCAUAAAAUAACUGCAGAAGAGAUCGUAGAAACUCCUAGCUCGACGGUGUGGUACCUACCGAUGAACGUGGUGAUAAAUCCGCGGAAACCUGGUAAAGUACGCCUGGUUUGGGAUGCAGCUGCGUCAGUUGGAGGUGUUUCGCUGAACUCAGCGUUACUGAAGGGACCGGAUAUGCUGGUACCACUUCCCAAAGUCGUUUGCGGGUUCCGACAAGGUCCAGUGGCUUUCGGAGGGGACAUCCAGGAGAUGUAUCACCAGUUAAAAAUCCGGACUGAAGAUAAGCAAGCGCUGCGUUUCAUGUUUGGCAGUGACUCAACUGGAGCACCGCAAGUAUAUGUGAUGGACGUGGCAACUUUCGGUGCAACGUGUUCGCCAUGUUUAGCGCAGUUCGUUAAAAAUCUAAAUGCGAAACAGUUCGAAAAAGAGUUCCCGGAAGCAGCGGUAGCUAUAAUAGAGAAGCACUACGUGGAUGACUACUACGACAGUGUAGAUACCGUCGAGGAGGCAGUCGAACGGGCAAGGCAAGUGCAAUAUAUUCACUCGAAGGGAGGAUUUCACUUACGAAACUGGGUGUCGAAUUCGGAGGAGCUUCUGCAGAGAAUCGGCGAACGUAGUGCAGACACAGCAGUGCAUUUCAGUCGAGACAAAGGCACGGAGUACGAGCGUGUUCUAGGGAUCGUUUGGGAACCGGUGGAUGAUAGUUUUUGUUUCGCUACCGCUUCAAAGACGGAUUUCCUCAGAAUCCUCAAUGGCGUGGAACAUGCGACGGAGCGGGCGGUUCUCAGCUUUGUGAUGGCUCAAUUAGAUCCCAUGGGAUUCCUCACACCGAUUACCAUAUGUGAAAAAAUGUUGGUCCAGGAUCUUUGGAGAAAUGGCUGUGAAUGGGAUGCUAGGAUCGAUGAAGUAUCGUUCCAGAAAUGGCUGCGCUGGAUACAGAUGAUGCGAAACGUUGGGUCGUUCAAGCUGCCAAGGAGUUAUUUUGGAGGUGCAAAGUCUAACGAAAUAACGAAUCUGCAGUUGCACGUAUUCGCUGAUGCUAGCGAGACAGCGUACGGGUGUGUAGCGUAUUUCAGGGCGAUCGUGCAAGGAGAAGUAAGGUGUGCGUUGAUCAUGAGUCGAUCUAAGGUGGCACCACUGAAGCAGAUCUCGAUCCCACGACUAGAGCUUCUGGCUGCUGUUUUGGGAGCACGGUUGUCGCGGGCUGUGCUCGAGAACCACAACAUCGUUAUUGGGAAAAUUUUUUACUGGAUCGACGCGAGCGUAGUGCUAUCGUGGAUUCGAUCCGAUCAGCGAAGGUACAGACAGUUCGUGGGGUUCCGGAUUGGCAAGAUUCUUACUCUGACGAGGUUAACCGAUUGGCGCUGGGUACCGACCAGAGUUAACGUUGCAGACCAGCUUACGAAGUGGGGCAAGGAUCCGGAUAUGCAUCCUAACAGUUCGUGGGUUCGCGGACCAGCAUUUUUGUACCAAAGUGAAGAAGGGUGGCCGAAAAGAGAACUGCCGCCGGCAAACACGACAGAGGAACUGAGAAUCCAUCUAUUGCUGCAUGAGGUGAAAGAAUCGGAUGUUCUCGUGGAUCCUGGCCGCUUCUCUAAAUGGACGGUGUUAGUACGAACUAUGGCGUGCGUACUUCGUUUCGUAUCGAAUUGUAAAAGAAACGUUGCCGGGUUGCCGAUUGAGGUACUGCGUGCAACGAACAAGCAGGCGAAGGUACUUAAGUUAAGAAAAGGCGCGUCGAUCAGGCGGCCGCUUCAGCAAAGCGAGUACCAACAAGCGGAACUAUUUUUGUUGAAAAUGGCGCAGGUGGAAAACUUUAUCGAUGAACUGACGGUACUGAAACGAAACAGGGAUGUCCGACUGAUCAGUGGAUAA